UCAUCACAGUUUUCUCCGCACAGUGGUUCCUGCGUCCCGUGUGAUUGCUGUCAGUUUUAUUGUCACAAAACAGGCGCUUCAUGAUGUCGCAGACUCGUAUGAAGAACUUCAAGCACAAAGGCAAGGACCAAGAGGAAAUGAGAAGAAGACGCACAGAAGUAACAGUAGAGUUGAGAAAGAAUAAACGAGAAAGCAGUCUCUUUAAGCGCCGCAAUGUACCAUCUGAUACUGAACCUGACGAAGAGGAGGACAGUGAGAGCCGGAAACAAUUGAUACAGCAAAUAGAGUUUAUUUCGGCAAAUAUAAUGAACGAAAUUCCGGCAACGAAGCUGGCCGCAGUGAGAACUGCUAGGAAACUGUUAAGUAGAACGCCUUUAGCUCCGAUCGAUCAGCUUCUAGAAUGUGGAAUUGUUCCUGAAUUGGUCAAUUGCCUUGUUCGAGAUGAUCAGCCUACGUUACAGUAUGAAGCAUGCUGGGCUUUGACUAAUAUUGCCUCAGGAACCUCUGAACAGACCAAGGCUGUCAUCAAAUGUGGAGCCGUGCCUUUGCUAAUCAAACUUCUCAACAGUGCAGCAAAACAUGUUGCAGGGCAAGCCUUGUGGGGACUAGGAAACGUUAUAGGAGACAGUGCUGAGUGUCGUGAUUAUGUUAUAAGCCAUGGUGUUAUCCAGCCAUUACUAAACAGUAUCAGAGCUGAAGUCUCGAUCGAUUACUUGCGUAAUGUUUCUUGGGUUAUCUCUAAUUUGUGUCGAUACAGCAAUCCUUCACCUCCAUUUCAUGCAGUUUGCGAACUGUUGCCAGCUGUCUGUCAUCUUAUAUUACAUCCAGACAAUGCAGUGAAAGCAGAUACAUGUUGGGCUAUAUCCUAUCUCACUGAUAGUGGAAACGACCAAAUACAGGUUGUUAUCGAUAGUGGUAUUGUUUGUCAUCUCGUUCCACUAUUAGAACAAGACAACUUGAAGAUUCUAAUGCCCGCUAUUAGAGCGAUAGGAAAUAUUGUUACAGGAACGGAUGAGCAAACACAGACGUGCAUCGAUGCUGGCUGUUUGAAUCAGUUUGGUAGGCUCUUAAUGCACUACAAAGACAACAUCAAACGAGAAGCAACGUGGGUUCUUUCCAACAUCACAGCAGGCAAUGACACUCAAAUCCAAGCUGUUAUUGAUGCUAACUUAAUUCAACCUCUGAUUAUGGUGUUGGAGACGGGUGAGUAUAAGGCACAGAAGGAGGCAGUAUGGGCCGUGAGUAAUAUUACUGUCGGUGGAACAAGUGAGCAAGUUGGGUUUCUUGUUCGGAGUGGAGUUAUCAGUCCUCUUUGUCGGCUGCUUGCGGUGAAGGAUUCUCAAAUAGUUCAAGUUAUUUUGGAUGCUCUGUCUUCGACACUGAGGAUGGCAGGACCAGAUGUUCAGGCUCUUGCAACUAUGAUUGAAGAGGCAGGAGCACUCGAUCUUAUUGAGCAGUUGCAGCAUCACGAGAAUGGAGAGAUAUAUAAGCUAGCAUAUGAUAUCAUUGACACAUACUUUUCUCAAGGGGGUGAUGAAGAUGAGGCUCUUGCUCCUCAAGCAACAGACAACAACUUUCAGUUCAGCACUGCAGCUGCAAACAUGCCACAGGGAGGGUUCAACUUCUGACAUUCAGUUUGCAUUGUUCUCACUUAGGGUAGUGCUGUUACAAGGUGUGUAGGUGCAUCUAUGGGAAUAGCGGUGUAAAUUGUUGUUGAGGGUUACAAUACAUAGCUGUAAUAGCUUAUUGUACUGUAUACACGGGAAUUUGAUUAUCCGGGAA